UCCGCGCGCGCCCGCCCGCCCGCCCGCAGCCUCCACCCGCUCUCCCGCGUCGUUCGACCCAGCACUCUGCAACGGCCGGGAGCCCGAUCUGCGGUUUUCCCGCCCGGGAAAGGCCGUGACCCUCCCCGCAGGAGCGGCGGGGCGGGGCGGGGCGGGGGUGGGGGGGGUCCUGAAGAAGAUGGCGACGCCGGGAAGCGAACCCCAAUCUUUCGCCCCUGCUCUGCACCCCCAUCAUCAUCCCCACCACCACCACCACCACCACCACCACCUCCACCAGCACCACGGCGGAGCCGGAGGCAGCGGCGGGGCCGGGGCCGGCGGCGGCGGGGGUUUCAGCCUGCCCUUGAAUCGGGGUCUGGAGCGCGCGCUGGAGGAGGCGGCCAAUUCUGGGGGGCUGAACCUCAGCGCUCGGAAACUGAAGGAAUUCCCCAGGACCGCGGCCCCCGGGCACGACCUUUCGGACACGGUGCAGGCAGAUUUAUCUAAAAACAGACUGGUUGAAGUUCCAAUGGAAUUGUGCCAUUUCGUGUCACUGGAAAUCCUUAAUCUUUAUCACAAUUGUAUCAGAGUCAUUCCUGAGGCCAUUGUCAAUUUGCAGAUGCUGACCUACUUGAACUUGAGUCGAAAUCAGCUGUCUGCCCUGCCUGCCUGCCUGUGUGGUCUGCCUCUGAAAGUCUUAAUCGCAAGUAACAACAAGCUUGGAUCACUGCCAGAAGAGAUAGGUCAGCUCAAACAGUUAAUGGAGUUGGAUGUUAGUUGCAACGAGAUCACAGCGUUGCCUCAGCAGAUAGGUCAACUGAAAUCUCUCCGGGAGCUGAAUGUCCGAAGAAAUUACCUUAAAGUAUUACCACCAGAACUAGUAGACCUUCCCUUGGUAAAGUUUGACUUCUCCUGCAACAAAGUGCUGGUGAUUCCCAUCUGUUUCAGAGAGAUGAAGCAGCUUCAAGUGUUACUGCUAGAGAACAACCCCCUGCAGUCUCCUCCAGCACAGAUUUGCACAAAGGGCAAAGUACACAUAUUUAAGUAUCUGAGCAUACAAGCAUGCCAGAUAAAGACAACGGACUCGCUCUAUCUCCAUGCUAUGGAGAGACCACACUCGCACCAGCACAUAGAAGACAGCAAGAAGGAUUCAGAUUCCGGAGUGGGAAGCGAUAAUGGAGAUAAGCGAUUAUCUGCCACUGAGCCCUCUGAUGAAGACACCAUUAGCCUCAAUGUGCCAAUGUCGAACAUCCUGGAAGAAGAACAGAUGGUUAAGGAAGAUACAUGUCAUCAUCUUACCCCAGAUAAAGGGGAGUUUCAUCAGGAAUUUCAACCAGAGUCUUCCCAUUUGGGUGACAGCAACAACUCAGGACAAGAAAGAGAUCCAUUCGGGGAUGGAGCAGAUGUUCUGCAUUCGGGAUUUAUGAACUAUGUUAAGGACAGGACAGAAGUAUGUGAAGAGCUGUUGCGGAUAGAAGAGGAUGCACACUGGCAGACGGAGGGAAUAAUAAGUUCAUCCAAAGAGCAGGACGUGGAUAUCAUGAUGAUUGAGCAGCUGAGGGAAGCGGUGGAUUUGCUGCAAGAUCCCAACGGACUAAGCACAGACAUCACAGAGAGAAGUGUUUUGAGUCUGUUCCCUGUGGGAUCCGCAGAAACCUUAGAGCUGCCAGAUUCUACACUGAAUGGUCCAAGGCAGCUGGAGACACCUCCGGUGUGUGAGGAGUCACAUGAUCUAACAUUACAGAGUAAUGGGAGCCAGUAUUCACCAAAUGAGAUGAGAGAGAACUCCCCUACGGUCUCUCCUACCACAAACAGCACACCUCCAUUCGGCCUGAAGCCCCGCUCAGUGUUUCUAAGGCCUCAGAGAAACUUGGAAUCUGUAGACCCACAGUUUACAAUUCGGAGGAAAAUGGAGCAAAUGAGAGAAGAGAAAGAGCUGGUGGAACAACUUCGUGAGAGCAUCGAGAUGAGGCUGAAGGUCUCUCUGCAUGAAGACCUGGGGGCGGCACUCAUGGACGGCGUGGUGCUCUGCCAUCUGGUCAAUCACCUGCGGCCACGCUCUGUGGGCAGCAUUCACGUUCCCUCCCCAGCGGUUCCCAAACUUAGCAUGGCCAAAUGCAGAAGAAAUGUGGAAAAUUUCUUGGAGGCAUGCCGGAAACUAGGAGUACCAGAGGAAAAACUAUGUCUGCCCCAUCACAUCCUGGAAGAGAAAGGCCUGGUCAAAGUGGGCAUCACCGUCCAAGCAUUACUCGAUGUCACCACUGUCACCAAGGCUCUGUUCACAUGAGACCAACCUUCUCCUCUGAGUUGACUCAGACUCUUCCUCCAUCAGGGAUCCUGGACUGGGCUCCUGGUAUCCAUUGCUUCCUCUUCCCCACUCUCCGCCUGUCACUUCCUGACUAGUUGCAUGGACAAGGUUUUCAGCCAAAGGGAGGAUUUUCCCCCCUUUCAGAGCUGACCUUGGCUUCCAAGGCUGAGACUUGACAGGGAUUCAUCUGGAAGCCAGAGGGGGGAGGCUGGUGGAUAACUAAGUUAGCACAUCAUUGCCUUUUUCAACCUCCUACAUCCCUUCCACACUCACCAACUGCCAUUACCAAAACAAUGCCAAGCACAACUGUUACACAGCAAGAUGCAUCUGUUUUAUUAAAGCCAAACUUGUUACAGAUUGAGUGGGGGGAGGGGGGCGGGAGGAGGAGACACAAUCAGGUUUUUAUUCACCACCAAAUUCGUCAAGAUGUUUCUUGAGACCAUUGCCUUUUCAAAAGCUAUUUUCGACAUACAAAAUAUUUAUAUAAAUAUUAUUUAUUAGUGAGUUGUUAUUCAUCCUUUGGAUGCAAAUUGUAAAUUAGGAAACUAUUUUAUUACUGCUUUUUUGUGGUUAAACACUUUAUUUUAAUAUUAUAAAUAUUGAGUUAUUUUCUAUCUUCUUUGGUGUGUAGUAGUUGUAGCAGUAAUCAUGUUCCCUGGUGUCUGUAACUCAGAGAAGAAAAAGUGAAGCAAAAAGCAAAACAAAAACCAGGUGCUUCUAUUACAAAGAACUGUUUUCGGGGGAGGCAUUCUUUAUACUUUGGUUUGUGGAACAUUGGUCUUAUUUAUAUUUUUGCAUUCCAUGCAGUUGCCUACAUUCCAGCAGCCUUGUUGUCCCCCCAUGUAAUGAACUGACUGAAAUCAAGAGAGCACCCCAAAGUUAUUUGUAAAUAGCUGUGAUGGGAAAAAAAGACAUAUUAAACUUGAAGAAAAAAAAUGUGAACAAUUACUAUUUUUUUUGAUUUAUAACUUCUUUUGCUAUGCACAAAACAUUCAACUUGUAACACCAAGAAGUAAGCAGUGUUAACAUGAUGAGUCUCCAAGCAUGAUGUUGCACUGUAACUUGGGUAAUUAAAGAGAGUCUGGUACCAAAGGUAGAUAAUGAGGAAAAGGUAUGGGAAAGUGGAAGUGAGUGAAAGUUGUUUUAAGGGAAAUUUGGGCUGAAUGGUCAAAAAUGGCUUUAGGCAUGGAAGACGUGGGUCAGUACUGCCAGUUGUGAGAGGAGGAAAUGAUGCUGAGAAGCAGAUGUGCCUGUUGGUUAGAGUUUAGUUGGUGGUUUUGCACAGUAGUUUCACCAACACUGCAAGAUUCAUGACUUCUGGGGUGCAACCUCAGAAGUGAGUAAUUCAUCUGUGAGCUGAUGGGCAGCUCCAGCCCCCUACCCCCACCCCAGAUCAGCAUCAAAAAAGGACACGUAAGUAGAGUAUGUGAGGCUGAAUGGCCAGGGAGGGAACAAGGUUAAACACUACAGGACUUAAGAAGACCUAGCCAAGGGGAGGAACCGUCCAUGUGGGUCUGGGAAUUUUCCCAGAAGGCAUAGCAACUCAUACUGGGCAGUAACACACCUGUAUAUGUGCUACAGUGACAGAUAGCUCAGCCAUUCAUCUUUCAAAGUCCUGUUAGUGCUGACUGUACUUUCACUGCUGAAAAGCCAUAGGAAGCAGCAGUAGCCACCAAGAGUCAACAUGAAGGUGAAUGCAGAAGAGAAGACAUGAGGAAGACGUGCACAUUGACACCAACAUCCAUCAGCCAAUGCCUUGGAAACUUAGAUUGGCAGCUAGCAAUUAUUUCCUAUCAAAUGUACUGUGCACUUUAACCUAACUUAAGUAUAUUAGAAUAUUUUCCUGUAUUGUCAAAUCCUUUAAGAAUGUAAAGACAAAAGGCAUUUUGAAAGAAGAGUGUAUACAAUGGAAGCAACCUUCAGAAGUCAGUUCUAUAAAUAAGAAUUUAGACUGCUGGCUGUACCUUCCUGGGCAUUCUGAUUAAAGUGUCCGGAAAUAUUUUUUAUAUGUAUAUAUUGGCAACCAGAGGCUCUGUAAUCAUUGUUUUCAGAGAUCUUUCUUUCAAAAUUAAACUGUUUCUUUUGAUACUCAUUUUCAGUACUUUCUUGAAGUUGGCUGUAUAAUACAAAUGGUUUUGGUAGUGUGUAAAAUGGCUUUUCUUUUCAUUGCAAUUCUUUUACAGCUAAGAUGUCUUUAUGAUCCUUGUACACUGUUUAUAUGUGCAAUAAAAUGUGCAUGGCUGGCAGACUGUACCAUAAGCAGGCAGAAUGUAUAUAGUGCUACGUCCUUCCUUUUAUUUAACAGCCAUUAAAACUUUGAAUUUGUACAAAUCA